AUGUCGGACGAUACAAAGUAUCCAUAUCAAUGGAUGCGAGAGCGCAGACGAGAGCAAAAUGCACGGGCUAAGCGGCGAAGUCGUCAGCGACAAAAGGCACAACAAGAAGCAGGCCUCGAGGUUGUGAAACAGAGUGAGGGCCAGCUUGGGCGAGCGGCUUCAACAGUCUCUGGACCCCUCUGCCAUGUUAGCAGCCACCCUGCAAUCGUUUCUGAUCUAGAGAAUGUUGCGAAAAUUCUCGACGCGGAACAACUCGGGAUUGCUUCCAUCUUGAAAUAUGGUAUUAUUUCGAUGGGCGGAGCCCUUGAUAACCAUUUGUUUGAUCUCGCCAAUCAAACAUGUUUUGGCUGCUGGCUCGAGUUGGUUGAAUCCGAGCUCACAGUACCUUUAAAUAUUGGAUUGGCCUUGUACUCGGGCGUUCGUCGUCUAUCGCAAAUGAAAGGACCUCCUCGGUGGAGUAUCGAAGCCGUAGGCAUUAGUACGGCAAGAAGGCUGUCGCAGAUCGAACCAAAAUGCAGCGAUCUGAGAACAAUCAAACUCACGAGCUUCUCAAGUACGUCUGCCUUUCUCGAAAAUGCCAAGCAGUUAGGGCUAUCUUUAGGCGAUUUUGUAAACGAUGAUUCGGAAUCGCCCUUUUGUUCUCGGUACCAGCCCAUCUCCUACCAUACUUUGGCUGCAGAUCUCCAACCCACCCCAGAACAGCUGAAGUUUCCCCAUCAUCCCUAUCUUGACAUUGUACCAUUUCCCUCCUUUCGUGCCAGAGCAUUGACAGCAAUCUCAUCCGGGACCCCGGCGUUCAGCGAGGAUGAGCUGUGUUUUGAUCUGGCGCAUGAUAGCAUGCGGUGUUGGGGUUCAACGGCGACUUCUUUACAUGGCCGUGGAAAUGGGACCCCUUGGGAUGCGCGCAGCUGGGAGGUCUCCCCCUGGUUCUUGAAAAAGUGGGGUUUCCUUGUUGGCAACGAGGAUGAUGCUAUAUAUCAAAACAGUCUCUGGUGGUGGUCCCAGAGGUAG